AUGACAUCUAUGAAAGUAUCCCUGCCGAAGUUUUAUGCUGACGUUUGUGAUGAGUUACCUCCUGAAUACUCAGACUAUGAGAAUUUUGAAGUCCAUUUUGAUAAAAUGGAACAGUACGAGCUCAUUAGGAGGAUUGGUCGAGGUAAAUAUAGUGAGGUCUUUGAAGCCAUAGAUACUUCAAAGAAUAACCUUAGAGUCGUAAUAAAGACACUUAAACCAGUCAAGAAAGCUAAGAUUAGGAGGGAGAUUAUGAUCCUGAAGACGCUGAAAGGAGGCCCUAAUAUUAUUAAGCUAUAUUCAGUUGUACGAGACCCGAUCUCUAAGAUUCCUGCAUUGAUUACAGAGUUUGUAGAGCUUAAAUACAAGCAUUUUUAUGAGCUUUACAAGACCUUCACUGAGUUCGACAUAAAGUUCUAUAUCUAUGAAGUCCUAAAGGCGCUAGAUUAUUGCCAUUCGAAGGGUGUGAUACAUAGAGAUAUCAAGCCUCAGAACAUUAUGAUUGAUUCUUCAAGAAAGAAACUUAGAGUUAUAGACUGGGGUCUGGCUGAAUUUUACCACAAAGGACAAAACUACAACUGCAGAGUAGCGUCAAGGUUCUUUAAGGGUCCUGAACUUUUGCUUGACUAUAACUACUAUGAUUACUCACUCGACAUGUGGAGUCUCGGUUGAGUUCUUGCAGGACUUAUCUUCAAGAAAGAGCCCUUCUUUGAAGGUGAGAAUAACGAUGACCAACUCGUCAAGAUCGCCAAGGUGCUUGGAACAGAAGAUCUCUGGAAUUAUUGUGAGAAAUAUAACAUCAUGGUAGACGAAGAGAAAGUUGAGAUGCUUCAGAAGCAUACUAAGAAAAAAUACCAGAUCUUUGCCAAUUCCUCCAACCAGCAUUUGAUAAAUGACACUGUCUUGGAUCUGAUUGAGAAAAUGCUGCUUUAUGAUCAUGCUGAAAGAAUUACACCAAAGGAGGCGAUGCAGCAUGAAUAUUUCUAUGAUGUGCUAGCCUAUCAUGAGAAAUUAAAAGAGCACAAACCCAUGGCUGAAAACCAGGAUACUGCAGAGAUUGCAUUAGAAAAUGCUUCUGAUGGACUUAUAUCUUAA